AUGUCCGGUCGGUUCAUGACUAGCUCGGGUCCCAUCGGUUUGGUACUCCAACUUCCAACGGGUACCAGACUGCUGUGUGGUAUCCUUUUGGCUCUCUCGUUUCUGGUCCAACUUCUUCGAUUCAGUCUAUCAGCAACCGAUCUGAAAGCGGUCUUUAGGGGCAGUACGGACGAUGCUCUUGCGUUCCCGUGGCUAGUUGUCGUUCCUGGAAGUGUGAUUUGGAAUCCCUGGACCCUGCUGACCGCUGGAUUAUGCGAAGUGGGUGUUAUCGAACUAGUCUUCUCACUACUGACCCUCUCAAUGUGUGGAAGAUACCUUGAAAGGGUGUAUGGUACGACCGAAUUUAUCAAGUUUUGUCUCACCACGAUCGGCGUCUCAAACUUAAUAUCUGUGAUCGUCAAUGUUGCCGAACAUUAUGUGCUACAUGAUAGUGGAAUGUACCUAUACGGUUCCAGUUAUCGCGGUAUGAUGGCCUUACAUGCUGGCUUUCUAGUUGCUUUCACCCAACUAAUACCGGAACACCAAGUCCAAUUAUUUGGCGUGAUUAAAGUCAGAGUGAAGAAUCUACCCAUGAUCUAUGUUACCUUCUCGAACGUGAUGUGUAUACUUGGAUAUCAGUCGCCGUUUAUCUUGAUCCAAAUGGGGUGGCUCUCCUCGUGGUACUACCUGCGAUUUAUCAGAUGGAACGAGAGCGGUGAAUUCCGUGGCGACCGCAGCGAGACCUUUGCAUUUGCCAUGUGGUUUCCACCAUUCCUCCAGCCGCUCAUUAGAAGGUUAUCGGACGUCGGUUUUGCGGUCGCUGUCAAGUGCAAGCUACUAAAACAGUGGAGUCAUACAGAUCUUGAAUCCGGUGGAUAUGCACCUGUGCCCGGUGGAGCUCGAGCAGAGGCCGAGCGACGGAGAGCGAUGGCUCUGAAAGCCCUCGAUCAACGGCUAGCCUCGAAUAAAUCCACCAAUGCCAACUCUCCACCCGAUCCUUCCAACCCGUUGAAUGUCACGUCACCCAACAACCGGACGACUACAGCUAUUCCAUCCCCAGCUCAGCCACUGUUGACGACUGCCAAAACGUCUCCUGUUUUUCAAUCUGCUGGCCUCUCACAAGAUCCUGAUUCUCCAGCUACCAAAGCGGUGACUGAAAAGCAUCAAUAG